CCUCCUUCACAGCCUCACUUCACUGCCUAUCUGCCUUUAGCUUCACAUUCACUAUGGCCUCUCCCUCUUUUUCCUCCUCUCUCGUUCUCCAACUCUUCCUCUCUGUCUCCCUCCUCCAUUUCAGCACCGCCGCCAGAACACUCUCCCAGUCGUCCCAAAACUUCAAGUUCCAAUACCACAAAGGGCCUCUCCUUACCGGCAACAUCUCUCUCCACCUCAUAUGGUACGGUAAGUUCACUCCUUCCCAGCAAGCCAUUGUCUCCGAUUUCAUUUCCUCCCUCUCCUCCUCCAAUCCCGCCACGCCCCAACCUACCGUCUCCGCGUGGUGGAACACCAUUAAAAAAUUCUACAACCCCAAGCUGUCCCUCUCCCUAGCUUCCCAGGUCCUCGACGACGCCUACUCCGUCGGCAAAUCUCUCACCACUCAACAAGUUGCCAAGCUGGCAUCCAAGGGUGGCCAGAAAGACGCCAUCAACGUGGUUCUCACUGCUUCCGAUGUUGCCGUCGAUGGGUUCUGCUCCAGCAGGUGCGGCACUCACGGUACCUCCGUGGGCGCUGCUGUACGAGGGAAGAGACACAGCUUUGCUUACAUCUGGGUCGGUAACUCGGAAACCCAAUGUCCCGGUCAGUGCUCGUGGCCGUUCCACCAGCCUAUUUAUGGUCCCCAGAACCCGCCCUUGGUUGCGCCUAACAACGAUGUGGGACUCGAUGGCAUGGUGAUCAACGUGGCGAGCCUGUUGGCUGGAACCGUCUCCAACCCCUUCGGCAAUGGAUUCUUUCAGGGACCCAAAGAAGCACCGUUGGAGGCGGCAUCGGCUUGCACCGGAGUCUAUGGCAAAGGAGCUUUCCCCGGCUACGCCGGCAACCUCUUGGUGGACCCAGUCACCGGCGCGAGCUUCAAUGCCAAUGGCGUGAAUGGCAGAAAAUAUCUGUUGCCCGCACUUUAUGACCCCGCCACCUCUUCUUGUUCUACGCUGGUAUAAUAACGACGGGAUACACAUCGCGGAACUUCGGAUUGAUUACGGACGCCUUCGGCGUUGAGAAACAUUCUUUGAUUCCUUCAUUCUUUUUGCUGUGACAUCGAAUAAAUAUCUCAUUUGCGUAUAAUUAAGAUAACUAUAUAUGUUUGUCUA